CUGGGGCAGUCCUUUUUCAUGUCUUCUAACUUUUUAUUUGUCCGGAUUUGUCACAUGCGGCACCUCAGCUGAUCCGUUCAUAUUUUUGAAUCUUUUUGCACUCUUCAACGAACUCGAUGAAUGCAACAGACUAGACCUUUACUCGAUUGUCAUCCUGAGCUAUCUGUUAUAGAAUGGCCUAGUUUUCGGGAGUAUCGCGUUGAGAACUGGCAACUUGCUCGGGAUGGGAGUGGGAAUGUUGUUCGCGGUGCGACAUCAUGGGGGUGGAUUGACCUUUGUCUGCCCGUGGUCAUCUCAUUCAUUUGGCCAAGAUUUCGCGGCAGCACCAUAUUGUGUGCAUUUGUUGUCCUGGUAGUUGGGUUUACCAUGUACUGCCGUUGUGUGCAAGUUCUUCAUGAGUCUGUGCUAGUGUUUCCAGCCUACGGUAUACAGCUCGAGACGCAUCGGGGAUACCCUUUGCUAAAGCCACUCUUCGUGUCUAGGCGAUUUAUUCACGCAUCCCUUUUAGAAGACUUCGUCAUAAAUGAGGGUUUAAGAAGAUGGAACGUCCGCUAUUAUCUGGCUGCUGUUCACGGAUCCAGCACAGACAAGAUUGCUUUGGAUGUCGCAUUUGAGAAUAUUUUGCCCCACUUUCCCGUACUCCUUGAAGUAUAUCAAGGAGUGCAAGAACUCAUGUUCUACAACCACACGGACAAUAUGCAUACCCCCAUAUAAUAUACCAUCUAUUUUUUCCAUCAAAAACAAUCCUUUCCCUCACGCAGCGUUCUGGGCCUA